UUUGAAUCAGUUUAGUUCGGACCAGGACCUCGGACGUAGCAGCUGUAAAAUUAAUUCGGUUUAUCAAAAGUGAAAAUGAAUAAGCAAAGUGAAUAAAAAAAUCAGUGUCAUUUUUGAUUGUUGGAUACAGUGUGUGAACAAUUAAGGGUUGCAAUAUUUCAUCGAUUCAAAUGGAUACCUCAGGAUUAUCUCCGUUAGCUGAUUUGGAUUCUAAUUCUACCGGAUCGGAUGGUGUGAGCCAGUCUUUGAAUAGUUUUGGAACUCAUCAAAGUUUAUAUCUGUCACAAAACGGCUAUCGGGAUCCUACAACUUCUAUGAAAACUCUUUUCUUCUCCGAGAAACUACAGGAGUUUACUGACAAGGACUAUGAGAGAAAAUAUAAUGAAAAUGUGUAUCCUAUCAAAGUUCAAUCCCAAUCAGAGGUUGCUUAUUUCACGGGUAAAGCGGUAAGUGAACAUCAACCGACCAACGUACGAGAUGGGACGAAUAAUGUUCAAUUUCUCCAGAAUAUCCCGCCUCAGUUGAACAACAAUGACGUGGACAGAAAAAUUUUAAGCUUUAGUCCAGAGCAAAUUCAAUGCAUGUGUGAAGCAUUACAGCAGCAAGGUGAUAUAGAAAAAUUGGCAACAUUCCUGUGGAGUAUACCGCAAAAUGAGCUGAUCAGCAGUAAUGAAAGUUUGCUAAGGGCCAGGUGCAUGGUCGCUUAUCAUCGUGGUGCAUUUCAUGAGCUCUAUGCUCUCUUGGAGUCACACUUUUACUCUCCCAAGCAUCAUCCGGAUCUUCAAAAUUUAUGGUUCAAGGCACAUUAUCGUGAAGCGGAAAAAGUAAGAGGGCGGCUACUCGGCGCAGUUGACAAGUACAGAUUGCGCAAGAAAUAUCCUCUGCCAAAAACUAUUUGGGACGGCGAGGAGACCGUUUACUGUUUUAAGGAAAAGAGUCGUAAUGCCCUGAAAGAUUGCUACACAAGGAACAGAUACCCAACACCAGAUGAGAAAAAAACACUUGCCAAGAAAACUGGACUCACGCUGACUCAAGUGUCUAACUGGUUCAAAAAUAGGCGACAACGGGACAGGACACCACAAGCUAGACCGGAUAUGAUGAUGCCGGUCCUUCCUGUAACCUCUGCCCAGAUGGAUGGAAGCUAUCAAAGGCUAUUUAAUGUGGCCAAUUAUGGAGGACAUGCUUAUCAUGCAAAUGAUAUGUACGCAGUUCAGUGAAAGUGUUCAUCAUAAUCGAACAUACGACAUUAGCUUGUGCCCAGUGUGUAAUUUUAUGGAACCGCGUGGAAGGAACGCUAAAUUGGGUCUUUUGCAGAGCAACAACUUCAUUCAUUUUCGGGAUAAAGGCAAACUGUGCAAAAUUAAUAACAGCAUACAAAGAACAUUGUGAUAGGCGGCGAACUGUUUUAAUCAAUCUUUUCCAUUGUAAAUAGUACAAUUAAGCAUGGAAAUUGAAAUAAAAUGUGAAGCAUGUGAGGAA